AUGUCAUCUAGAAAAAAGAACAUCCUCAAAGUUAUCAUACUUGGCGACUCUGGAGUUGGAAAGACCUCCCUCAUGCAUAGAUAUGUUAACGACAAGUUUUCUCAGCAAUACAAAGCGACCAUUGGAGCAGACUUCUUGACAAAAGAAGUGACGGUUGAUGAUGAUAAGGUGGCUACAAUGCAGGUGUGGGACACUGCUGGACAGGAGCGGUUCCAGUCGCUUGGCGUCGCGUUUUAUCGAGGUGCAGACUGCUGCGUAUUGGUCUACGAUGUGACGAAUGCAAAAUCAUUUGAAAAUAUCAAAUCGUGGCGGGACGAAUUUCUCAUCCACGCCAACGUUUCAUCUCCAGAAACUUUCCCCUUUGUGAUACUCGGCAAUAAGGUCGAUGUCGAAGAUUCCAAAAAAGUUGUAUCGUCUCGCGCAGCACAAGAACUUGCCAAAUCCCUGGGUAACGUUCCUCUUUUCUUCACCAGUGCCAAGGGCUCCGUAAAUGUCGACACAGCAUUUGAAGAGAUUGCGCGAAGUGCUUUGCAGCAGAGUCAGGCCGACGCAGAUGCCUUUGAGGACGAGUUCAAUGAUGCGAUCAAUAUACAACUGGAUGGUGAACCCAGCAGCUGCGCCUGCUGA